AUGCAACAGGCGGCGGCGCAGGUUCAGCGGCGACUGCGGGAAGAGGAGCAGCGGCUACGGGUCCACCUGCGCCAGCUCCAGGCCAACUUUGAGGAGAAGAUGAGACAACGGCAGGCGGACAUGCACCGCCAGAUAACGAGCGAGGCCGACGACAUGAAGCGAAGGUCCGUGCUCACCCCACAGCUGACGUUGGUUGAGUUGACCAGACACCAAAAAGAGGGGGAAGAGUUCAGACAGAAGAUGGAACGGGAGAAGGUGGCGUUCGAACAGAGCAUGCGCUCUCAAGCGUUCACUUUGGGCAUGGGCGGGAUCAUGGAGCGCGUAGCGGCAAAGACCAAGGAGGGCAUGGAGGCCUACCAAGUGCUCGCCCAGCGGCACAUCCAAGAGGGCCUCGCGUUUCAACAGGCCACGGGGGCUCGUAUCGCCAAGGCUGUGGAGGAGUUCAAAAGGGAGCAGGCCCAAGCCGCCAAGGACAUACAGAGCAAGGUGGAAGAGCUCCAGAAGGAAAUCCAACGGACGGUCGAACGGGAGAAGGAGCAGCUGUUCGAUCCCGACCCGCGCUUCGCCCACUGCCAACUCACCGACGAGCAGAAGCGGCACUUCAUCUCGCAGGGCUUCGUUCACGUGCCAGGGGUUGUCCCACCAGAGUUACUCCAAGAGGCGCUCAAGCUCAUCAAUUUCGAGCUGAGCAAGGGGUUCCGACCGGAGGAGCUCCUCGCCUUCCGCAGACCGCACGUCGAGGGCGGUUGGCAGAUCACGGACUUGCUCUACAAGACGGCCGCGCUGCCGCUGGCCCAGAGCUUGAUCGGCAAAACACACCCGGGCUUCGGCGGCCAGAUCGCCCUGAGGUUUCCGGGCUUCAGCUGCAUUCCCUCGGGCGACGUCCCUUGGCUCGGCUCCGCCACGUCCUUUGUGUACCCCGAGGGCUGGCACCAGGGCUGGCACAUCGACGGCCUGCACUCUCCUUUCAGCGGAGUGCCGCGCGGUCAGGUGCACAAUUUCACCAUCCUGCUAGGCGUCCUGCUGGGCGACGUGCCAGAGCCAAUGAGCGGCAACCUGACCGUCUUCCCCGGCGGCCACCUGGCGCUGCAGAACCACUUCCGCAAGGAGGGCACCCAGGCCAUCCACAACGAAGGGGACAAGGGCAUCCCGCGAGACCGUCUCGCUCUCGCGCCUCCGCACCAGAUCCGGGGUAAGGCCGGCGACAUCGUGCUCGCCCACUACUGCAUGCCGCACACCGUGGCGCCCAAUGUGUCGCCCAACAUCCGCUACGCGGUGUACUUCCGGCUAUCGAGCGUGGCCCACACGCCGGGCACGUUCAGGAAGGAGGCCCUCACCGACAUCUGGCUCGACUACGUGCCCCUCCGGCCCCUACUCGGCCGCCCCGCCCCGCAGCCCUGA